AGUUUGGUCUAUGAAGCGGAAUCUCACGGUGUCUGGUUGAUUCUUUUGCUGGUCGUCGAGGCGUGGAAAUCAUGACAGUGCGCAGGAAGCACUUGUAACACAGUGUGGAGAUCGUCAUAACUUCAUUGUGGUUGUGAUUUAACAGGGAUCAGAGAGUAUCAAAGCAGACAUAGGAAAGACUGGACGUCUUCCUAUUGUAGUGUGGAGUGUUUGUUGACAUGCACGGCCACAGGAAACGGUAGGGGGCAGGACUUAGUCCAGAUUUAGGCUCCUCUUGUCCACCUGUGUCUCCUCUCCAGUCUCCAUCCAAACCACGUACGAUACACAGCCAACAUAGGGUCAGAAAAACCGACAUGGGAAAACUACAAACUUCUUCAACUGUUUUCCAGAUCUGUGAUGAAUUCUUUGUGGUAUUGUUUUCGUAAUGGAGUUGAAAGUUCGUGUAGAUGGAAUACUUCGAGUUGUGUGUGGGGUAACAGAAAACUCUACCUGCCAGGAUGUUGUCAUAGCACUUGCCCAUGCUAUGGGCAAAACAGGCCGCUUCACGCUCAUUGAGAAAUGGCGAGACAAUGAGCGGCCUCUUUUACCAGAUGAAUGUCCUGUGAAGAUUUUGCAAAAAUGGGGAGAAUAUUCAACAGAGGUUCAGUUGUUGUUAAAAAACUCUGGGAGACAAAAGACAGAAAUUCCACCUGCAGGGAAACAGAAGGAGAAUGAAAAACCGAAAAUUAAUUUUUCAGCUCCACCCCGAGAGACAGGAAUUCGUAGGUCAUUAACAUUUAGUGGUGCUCAUAAUGCCGUUCCUGAGGGGGCGCGGCCACGGCAGAGAUAUUUACAAACAGGAAAGAACUUGGACAAACAUGAGACUAGUUCUGUGAAUUCUCAGCCAAUCUUGCCUCGGCACAGAGAGGUUCAACAGAAUCCAGUUUAUGGAGUUGGUGUUCGCUUGAAAGCUACGCAUGGAGGAGAACCUCAACCAAAUAUUCAACCCCUUAAUAGCCAUAUUAGUGUGAACUCUGACCUUGACCCCAAUGUUAACUCUGACCUUGACCCCCGUGUUCAGCAUCAUUCCCAAGUUAAGGGGAGAAAUGUGUAUCCAAGAGAGAGAACUCAUGUAAAUCCAGAUCCACAUCCUUCUUUGUUACAAAAAACUGGGCCACGCACACGGCAGGCACAGCACAGAACUGAGCACAAUAGAGUGGCCUCCCCUUACAACUCUCAGCAGACUGGAGGCAGUCAUAGCAACACAACCAAUCAUCCAUUCUCUCAUCAGCAAAGUUCUGGUAUCUCUAAUACCCAUGGAAAUGUUAAACCAAGUAUAGGUAACCAUGGCAACAAUGGAACUAGUACUUCUAUCUUGCCAUUGGUGAACAACAAUGUUUCGCGACCUUCAGCAUUCCAACCUGUUCCACAGAAACAAAGGACAGAUAGCCUUGAUCUGACCCAGCCAGCACAGGCAAUAGGUAGUCUUCCUGUGUACCAUGCACGGCCUGUCAACAGUGAAGUUGAGGAAUAUGACCUUGACAGUAAUUUCCCAGAUAUUCUUAAGACCUCACGUAAGGAGGUGCUCAUAGAGGAAUACACGAUGCCUGAUGAACGUCAGAGUGGGGAUGGGUUCAUAGGUGUCAAAGAGGUCAUUGAACCUGACCCUCAGGUGGUAAAGAUGCAGAGGUUGUUGUCCCAGCAACAGGAAAGGAUAAGGAUGCAGGAGUCGCAGUUACAAAUGAUAGAUACAGAACUGGUAAGUCUGGAGGAUGAGGAUAGACAAGCUCUAGAUCAGAAACACAGCAUUGGAGAGGAGAUUACACGCCUACAACAGACCUACAAUCAGAAUGAGGCAGAAGUGGUACAGCUAACAGCGGUCAGCUGGGUUGACAUAAUCAAUACAGAGAAAACGCGCGAGAAAACCUAUAGAUCUGAUAUACUUCUUAUUAAGGGCAAAACUGAUACAUGUAUUAAAGACCUAGCGGUAAAUAAUGACCGGAUUUCAGAGCUUGACAAACAGAUCACUUCAGAAAGACAGGAACUAGAGGAGUGUAAACAGGAACAGGAAAGGGAGAUAACUCAGAUUAGAAAAGAUGUUGAGAAUGUAAAGGGAGAAGUAGAAAAGGGUGUAGAAACAUUUGAUACAAACUCAAAAUGUAUUGAAGUGGUGGAGGAAGAAAUAAAGUCAUUGGAGGUUAAAAAGGAUAGCCAAAGCAAGGAAGUAGAUUCUCUGGAGAAACAGAUAAAGGAAGUCAACAUACAAGAGCUUAAUUCUGUUAGCAAUGGAGAGAAAUCUGGCAAAAACGGCAAGGCUGUGUUACAAGCCUUAGAGGGACGCUUGUCACCACACCCUGGCCUGGGAGGAAGGAACUAUAUUGCCAGUCCUCUAAGUAAAGUCCUCUCUGUCAGUAAGAACCCAAAUGGAGUGUGGGUGUGAAGCUACUCUACAAUGUUCUUAUACUAUAAGGAAUUAGUCACGAUCAGAUAAAAUCCCUUCAUGACAUGGGCAUGCUGUGAAACCAAAUAUCGACUUCAUGGAGAGGACAUGGUGUCAGAGCAAAUGUCUUCAUGGCGAGGACAUGAUGUCAGACCAGAUAUCGACUUCAUGGCGAUGGCAUGCUGUCAGACCAAAUAUCGACUUCAUGGCGAGGACAUGCUGUCAGACCAAAUGUCAUCAUGGCGAGGACAUGCUGUCAGAUCAAAUACCUUCAAGGCACAUGGACACAAAUCUUUCAUUACAAAAGCUGUGAAGAAGUAUAUGUGAGCCAGAUCAUGUGACGACUUUAUAUCUCCUGAGUUACCUCCCCUAUGGAAACAACUACUAUGAGAUCUAUAUAUAGAAUUGUGUAUAUCAGUAGGAUUGUAUAAAUCGUGUAGGACACGAGGGUCGCACGACACGAUGUGUUGUCUAUAACUGCAUUCCUGAUUGUCAUUAUAUAUUGAAUAUUCCUUAUUAAUUGGGACCAUAUAUUGUUAUCAUGUUCACUAAUGUGAGGCAGGAAACGUACCCUGUAGAUAUAUACUGAGGAUCAGUUCCAGCCAGGAAAUAUACUUUUCAUAUCAGUGGCACCUGGUUUUAUUUGCCUAUUGUUUUGAAAAAGUUAUUUUUGUAUUAAGGGGAGGUAAUUUGGUCAGAAAAAAUAAAAAGAAAGACCAGAUUUGAGGACUGUUGUUAGCUAUGUUAAUAUGUUUUUAAGUAUUGGCUUAGAUAUGUCUGCUCUACACAAAACCUCAUUCCAAUAUGUUUCUGUUAAAAUUGGAUUGUUAACCGUUUUCAUGUUAUUGUUUUUACUUUGGUUGUGUUUCACUUUUAAAAUAAUGACCAGUUCCGUGGAUAAAUAUCAUCAAGUUUUGUAUUAUAGCUAGGGAUCUGGACACAUUUCAACCAAAGGCAGGAAUAGAUAGAUUACUAGACUGACAUAGAGAUUGUCAAAUUAAUAAUAGUGUUCAGCAAUGUUUUUCAGUUCAAUAAUUUAGAAUUGUCAAACCUGCGGUCAUAUAUGACAGGUGGCCUCUUAUUCCAGGUUUAGGCAACUAGUAUAGUAAAGAACAUUAGGAGGGGAAAAUAUGGUCAUGGUGGUUACUAAGGCAGGUUUGAAUGUACUUACAAAAUUAAAAGUGAAAUGUUGUGCUUCCCCUGUUGUAUACAUUGUAAAAGGAUAAAUUUUCUGGAACAUUUGCAUAACAUCUAACUUUUGAAAAUUACAUGCAAAUUUUACUAGUGUCGUAAUCCAUGGUAAAAUAAGUUACCAUGAAAUGGGCACUGUGGUUUUCUAUAAAGCAUAAGAUCUAUCGUAUGAUGAUAUUACUGGGCAUGCAGCUGACGAUUUAGAACUAUACUUACCAGGGUACCAACUUCUUUGAAUUCUAUGGUGGAUAUUAAUUGUGUCAGAAUUUUCACAACCUCACAAUUGAUAACCUUCAUUUAAACAAACCAAUACAUUAAAAAAGACAAAAGUUCAGUUUCUUUUUUUCGUGGGGACGUACUGGAUUUUUAAAAUUCUGAAAAAAUUAAGAAUUUUAACAAUUGAUAAUAUAAAUUAUGUCUAAAUCUAGAGAUUCAAAUUAAGAGUCUCCCUGUUGAGGAAUGGCAAAUAUGCUGAACAGUGGGUUGGUGUGACUAUUAGAGUCAUGGCAGUAGUUACAGCGUACAUAACUGAAUUACAAAAUAAGUCGCUUCUUUGAAAACUGAUUGAAAACUGAUCAUAUACCAGGUAUACAACAUACAUACAGAUUUCCAGUAGAAAAUUAACAACUGUACUGACAGGUGAUCAUUCUGUACUAUUUUAGUCAGUUACCAGUACUUGCCAUAGCUUAACCAGAGUAGUUUGUAAGAUUAUGUUAUUGUUAUAUGAUCAGAUCAUUGAGUAUGUGUUAUUUUUUUUAUCUGUUUUGGACUUAUAUCUGAAUACCAUGCCAUGUAAGGUUGUAUCAUCGUUUGUUUCCAUUCCAUGUGUUAUGUUACUUGAAUAUUUUCUACAAGACAUUUCAAAAUUGUAAAAUAAUUUUGUUUUCUAAAGAAACAAAUUAUAACUUGAAUCCAUGAUUGUAUAUAUAUAUACAUUGUAUAUUUCUCUCGGUACAACUACGACAGGAAAUUCAAAUCUAUAUCUUCGCAUCACCAACACAUAGUGUAUAUGAUACAUUGUGCUAAUAAAUAGAUAUAUAACUUAGCAACACAAAUAUGAAGGUGUUAAGAAAAGGAAUAUUUCAGUAAGAAUUAACAAGAUUAAUAUAUAUUUAAAUUUUGAAACAAAUAUAAUUUGUAUGCCAUAAUGAUUUACUGGAAUUAGUUUUGAAGGAAAAUUUUAUAGAAUAAACUGGUUGAAUAUCAUGGAUCUAGAUUAUUACAUAAAAAAUGUUAUCCUCACAUAAUUGAUGUUAAUAUAUUAUAGAUACAUGUAUAUAAUAACUUCUUAAAUUAUCACUGUAACAGAGUUAUUCACAUUGUGUAGGAGAUUAGGUAUAUACCAGAAUCAAACUGGAGUAAAUUCUCCUACCAGCCUGAUACAUAUACUAGUAACUAUUGGUAUCCAAUUAGGAGAACUGUAUAUAUACCAUAACCAAAUAGAAAAAUUAUCCUACCAGCCUGGUAUACAUAUACAUAAACUAGUAACUAUUGUUAUCGAAUUAGGAGAAUUCUCCUACCAGCCCAUUACCACCUAGUUAUAUUUGUAUAUUGUUCAGUUAAAGAUUCUUUAAAGAUAAAUAAUUACAUUAUUCAUUACGAAUAAAUAAAUUUGGAGACAUAAACUUGGCCAUGUUGAUACUGUUUCUCCUGGUUCUCCGAGUUAUAAAACCUGCCAUGUUGAUACUGUUUCUCCUGGUUCUCCGAGUUAUAAAACCUGCCAUGUUUUUCUUCUGGUCUGUUUUCUGUAAAUAGAGUAGAACAGUUAAAAAGAAAGUUUUGAUUACCGGUGUCACAGAAUAAAUACGUGUUUUAUUGUUAAAAAAUUUAAUUGUUCAGUUAAGGUAUUAAGGUUGUUUGUUAUAUUUGGAGAAAAAUCAUUUAAUCCAGGUGCGAAUGGUAUUGUUAUGUAUAUCUAUAUAGUAUAUUCUACAAACAAUAGUAAACAAUGAUAGCUAUAUUCUAUUACAAUAUCAAAAUAGAGUGACUCUAUGAUAUUUUCUAUGUACGACAGUCCACAUUUAUUUUAUAAAUAUUUGUGAUGUACCAUACCUAUCCUGUACAUGUGAUAAGCCCGCAUUUGAUAUUUCACCUCCAGAUUUACAGGUUGGAGCCCAAGAUAGAUCAUAUUCAGGAUAAAUAAAUAUAUAAGUUCAUAUGAUAUAGUUAACGUUGAUGUCCAAUAAAAAUUAUGUGAAUGGAAUAAAAUAGAAAAUUUAUCAUAUAUUGUGAAAGAGGGAUAUUUUAAAGGUAUACUGUAAGCGUGGUUAUUUUCGCGGGGGGUUAAUUUCACAAUUUCGAUAUGUAAACUAUACUCGGGGUAAUUUUCGAGAUCGAUCCACCUUUGUAGUUCGAGAUUAUGCAUAUUGAUAUCAAAAUAAUAUGCGUGGGGGAAAUUUUCGUGAUCAAAAGUUCUUAAAUUUCCACGUUUACAGUAGUCAUGGCCUUGUUUUCUGUCAUUAACCUGUGUUAUGAUGUAGACCUAAUUAAGAUUGAGGUUAAAUAUGUUGUUUAUACCAGUACAUCCAUUUGUAUGUUAACUACUGUAGUAGGGGACCAGAUAGAGAAAUGAACAUUCUCGUACCAUUCCAAUUGCUGUUUUUUUUCCUCCCAAAGAAUUUUGAUUGAAAUGUUUGCACUCUUCGUAGAUCUUGUAAAAAUACUUUAUAUGUAACGUAACAAAAAUAUAGAAAACUUAUUCUGAAACUUGUUCAUUUUCAUAAUUUUUCAGACAGAUAACCACAUUCUUCAUUUUUGAAUUAAUCAUAUAUUUUUUUGUAUUGGCAUUGGUAUUGAGAAAUUAAAUCCAUUUUUUGUUUCUGCCCGAUUCAUAUCACAUGGACUAUCACUCUACAAACAAUGUUUAUCAGAGGGAGAUCAGGUACACUAAAAUAAAAACCUUAGUAGCCAUGCAGCUUUGGCUCAGGGGAGAUAAUCCUUAUUUACGUAUCUCAAUCAUGUUCCCAGAAUGUACUAAUUUGAAUUGUUACAAAGCAUGAUUUAGUUAAAUUAUUAUUAUGUUUUAAGUGUUUCUUAUAAUCAUAUAGUAUAUUCUUAUUUCCUUUUAUUUAUUUAUAUUUUAUGUAUUUUUCUAUCAACCAGUCUUUGUAUGUCAUUAACAUUUAAUUAUGUAUCAUAUGGGCUUUUGCAAAUAUAUUGUAAACCAUUUUAAUUUGUGUUAUCAUCAAAUUAUCUAUAUGCAGUACAUUGAAAUUUCCCCAGAAUUGUGUCUGUAGGAAUAGUGAUAUUGACACAGAAUUUUGUGUGGUAACGACCACAAAAAACCCAGAUAAUUGUAUUGUGAGGAUAUACCACGCAUUGUCUAGUCCUACCAACAGAACCAAAUUGCUUUUACUGCCAUCUUACUGUGCGUUUAAGUUUAAUGUUUGAUGUUUAAAGUUGUUGUUUUUUAAUAAAAGAUGUUUGAGAUAUUUUGACUUAUAAGGAUUAUACUAAAGGCAAUGCUAGAAAUUAGCACCUUUCACAACAAAUUGAUUUAGAUACAGUAGAGCCAAAAAGCUAAAGCCAUUCAGAUAACAUGCUUACAGACUUUAUGCAAAAAAAUAUAUAGCUCUUUAGAAGUUGAAGCAUUAGUAGUGACAACUCAAAGUUUUUUUUAUUUAAUUAUCAGUUAUCUUAAAUUUUCUUUCCUUUUUCGAAAUUCAAUAAAGCAACCAUUCGUACAAUUUCAUUCUUAUGUAAACUGUCAUCAAUUUGAAGCAAUUUGAUUCUGGUGUUGUUAAUAUUGUUAACAUAGUUUAUAGAAUUUAUAAACGGUUUUGUGUAUUUGUGGAUGUCAAUAAUGCAUGUAUGUACGGGGGCAGCAGUGCAAUUGGGAUGUACCAACCCAAGGGUUGCAGCGAAUACAAUAUUGGAAUUAAAUAUUAAUAAAAUGAUA